UGCUAAGAGGCUCAAUCUGCCAUUUCCUGGCCAUAACCGCCUCUUCCCCUUCUUCUUCUUCUCCCCUUUUUGCCUCAGUAGGACAGGACGUGGUGGGAAGAUAGACACUGUGACUGCAGCAACUGUGGAUAGCCAGCCAAAGGAGGCAAAGACAAUGACUCUGCUCCUGGCCAAUGACAGUAUAUAUGGACCUAAUGAAACCAUUCCAUUACAUCAUACUCCCACAUCUAUCAGCUCCCUGGUUAUCUUCUCCCUCACCUUCCUGCUGGGCAUUCCUGGAAAUGGUUUGGUAAUCUGGGUGGUCAGCCUGAAAAUGCAUCGAACAGUGAACACAGUUUGGUUUCUGCACCUCGCAGUGGCUGACUUUCUGUGCUGCCUUUCGCUUCCUUUCACUAUUGUCCACCUGGUCCUCCAUUACCAUUGGCCUUUUGGAUGGCUAUUCUGCAAGAUCAUUCCAACAGCCAUUCUUUUUAACAUGUUUGCCAGUGUUUUUCUCCUCACAGCCAUCAGCAUUGACAGGUGUCUGCUGGUGAUAAAGCCCGUUUGGUGUCAGAAUAACCGAACAGUACGAUUUGCAUCAGGAGUAUGUGGCAGCAUCUGGCUCCUAGCCUUUGCCUUGUGUUGCCCUGCCUUCUACUACCGUGAGACUGCUACAGAUGAACUUGGCAAGAGUCGAUGUGUCUAUAACUGGUAUGGUGAGGAACAUCUGCAGGAAACAGAACUGGAUGAUCUAGUUUUCAGCCAUGACCUAUUUUCUAUUCAACCUCCUACUGGUAUCUCUCAGGAUUAUUUAACUGAUGGAAUUCUGGACAUAUAUCCAAAGGACCAAGUUCUUAACAUGGCUGAAAAUAAAUCAAAGGCUCCACAUUCUAGAAUAUUAGACACAGCUGGUAUCGAUCAAGAUACACUGAUGACAGACGGGAUCCAUCCUACAUCCAUAUUUAAUUUUUCCCAACCUCAGGGAAAUACUGCUACAACCAAUAUUCUUCAUUCAGAUGACCCUUCUGGCAGUUUUUUGGAAAGCUUCUCUGACAGAAACAACUCAAUGGAAAUAUACGAUUAUGAUAACUAUCUCUCUGAGAGCCAACCGCCAAGUGUCCUUGUGUCCAUUACCAUCCUCAGAAGCGUCUUGGGUUUCCUCCUCCCCUUUGGAAUCAUGACAACCUGCUAUGCCCUUCUUGCCUGCAAGAUGCUCAAAAACCAGUUUACUAAGACCCGUGGAAAGGUUCUACUGGUGGUCCUGCUUGUAGUAGCUACUUUUUUUCUCUGUUGGGUUCCUUAUCAUAUUAUUGGGGUUCUGUACCUCCUGGCUACUCCGGGCACAGAGGUUUUUGAAGAACUGGCUUCAUGGGACCACAUCUCCACAGCAUUGGCAUAUGCCAACAGCUGCACCAAUCCACUGCUUUAUGUGUUUGUGGGGAAGAAUUUUCGAGAAAAGGUUUUCCAGACAGUGCAGGGGAUUUUUGAAGGGGUUUUCAGUGAGGAAGCUACAUGUUCCACUGCCUGCUCCCAGGGCAGAAGCCAGACCAGGCAUGACAAGUUUACUGAUGUUUCCGUCCUCUAAAAUGGUUCUUCCAGGAAAACUUUCCUCACUCCUAUUAGUCUGAUUUAAAAGAGUAGAACACAUCUAAUUGCUCUAGAUUACAGUUGUUGUACCUAUAGAGAAUGUAUAACCCAUUGCCUCUGCUUUACGUAGUGCAUGUCAAAUGUGCCAAUAUUUAGUUACGCUGCAGAAGUGACCAACAAUAUGAUCUGCCUGUGGGUUAUCACCAGUGGGAGAAAAUAUUCUAUAUAGCUAUAUCUAACAUACUAGAGUAAGCUUAAUGGGUGAACAGAGAUCAAACUCUUAUUCAAGUAAGAUUUAAUUUUUUAAUGGACCAUGUUCUAUGCUGUCAAGGAAGGUAUAGGUAGUGUUUACUUUUAAAAGAAAGUCAGGCCUAAAUCCUUCCAGCACUAGAAAGAAAUCCCAUCAUGUUAUUCUACUCACGUGAGAAUAUGGUAUACGGUGUUCCCUCACUUAUUGCUGGGGUUAGGUUCCAGGACCACCCGCAGUAAGUGAAAAUCCGCAAAGUAGGGCCACUAUAUUUAUUUUAAUAUUUAUACAUUAUUUUAGUAGUUAUACACUAUUUUAAGUCUUUAUCAACCAAUUGUGUGUUGAUAAAUCACUUCUUUCUCCUCCCGUUGCCGCUAGGCCUCUUUUUCUCUCCUUUCAAGUUCUCCUUCCUCUCUCCCUUAGGCUGUAAAUUGUAAUUUAUGAUUUAUAGUAGUCUUUUAGAGUUUAUUGAAAAACAGUGAAACAGGGAUUCCACAAAAAGUAAACCGCGAAGUAGUGAGGGAACACCGUAGUUGGUCAAUCUGAAAGAAAAUGCAUCUACGUUCAGAGAUGUUUCCCUUUCUCAUAAAUGAUUGGCUUUGUAUCUACUUUUUAAUUAAGAGUCAUGGCUAAAGAAUGAUGUAGCACUACAUGGACCUGGAAAGAAGAAUGUUAAUUGUAUGAUUCUGUAAAAAACAUGGUCAAUUGUAUAUUUUUUUCCUUCUAUUUGAUGCCACAAAAUAUGGCAAGACAAACUGUAAACUAGAUUAUUGAAAAUAAAAAAAAACAUUGUACUUUA